AUGAGUGCCCAGGCACUUCGGCUGCCUCAGCGCAGGCCCAGCGACUCGAAUGGCCACCAUGAUGGCCCGGACGACGGCAACGACCGAUACGACGUUUUCGACAGCUUAUGGCAAGAGGCGCUCUUUGCUAGGCUUCCACCUGAUGCACCUCCCCAGCUGACUCCCUUUGUCCGCGAGAUCGAAAACCCUCGCCGCGUCUACGCAAUCCAUCGUGCCAGCCGUCGCCACGACUUUCAGCUCCUUGUACAACUCCUCAUUCAUCAGCUACGCGAUGGAUGCGGUAGCGACACCUGCCACACAUCAACCUGCUUCAGUUGCCGGAAGCGACUUGCUGGCAAAGCGCCAAUUCGACGAUAUAAUCCCACCAGCGCCAGAACCUUGGCUAUAUAUCUCGCCAGCCAGGACAACCCGGAAAGGGGCAUAUGCCCAUCGCUAAGACGACCAAAGGAUGUAACCCCGGCAGUCAACAACCUAGUUUUCUCAAAAUGCAGUGUUCCGAAAUCUGCCAGUCAGAACCCAUCCGACGGCGAUGCCCAACGUACUGUCAGGAGGACGGCCAGCAAGUCACAGUCGAAGAGCCGUUCUCCCUCCGAGUCUGAGGAUGCACAGGUGCAAGGGAAAGAAACUAUUGAUACGACCCUGCAACCGGAAUCCCUGCGAGACUCGACAGAGAUCUGCAUCUCGGAACGGCCCGUCGCUCGAGACUACCGGUCUUUCGCUGCUACGACAUUUGGUACCAUCGCAUUCAAGAUGAUCGAAUGGCUGACUCCGAGCUCUCUGGAUGCUCUAUCUCGAAAAAUAUGUGAUAUUCGUUCCUCAUCACCAUCGAACCCGAAACCGACGCCUGUUCCGUCGCCCGAUCCUCAGCCGAUCACGGGGAAAGAAGCACGCGACCGCGACCACGAUGACACUCGCGACGCUUCAUCCUCUCCCCACAAGUCGUCACCGCAUAUCGACCCGCAUAGCAUUGCAGAGUCUCGCAGCAAAAGAGAUCAGCCUGCUCCUAAGCGCAACUCCAAACCAGCUUUGCGCUCCAAGCCGACGGUCGAAACGACGCGACGCAAAUCUAUCGAGCCUGUCUGCGUCACAGCCGAGGCUGACAAUGCUACGCUUCACCGGCCAACACGCAUGAACGGAUACCACCCCGAUAAGCUGUCGCGAAGAACAAAAUCCCCAACUACCAUAACGUUCAAGCCGGCCUUUUUCGAAAAUGUACCUAUCCCUCCUGCCGUUGCAGACGAAGUAACUGUCACUUCAUCAGACGGAGAGGAGAGUACCAAGGAAGAAAUGACUGAGCCACCGCGACCGGGUGGCAACCACGAACACAGGCAAAAGCAACACUCGGCCGAGGAAGUACACGACGAGGACCUGGACCAUGCCACAGCUAUGGAGUACCCAUUGCCGCAAACAUUGUCACAGCUCAAUAUUCAAAUUAUCGACUUCAUCUGCGACGUGUAUGUCGACGAUCACACAUCAGAAGACCAACUUCAUGGCAAUAUAGACGUUGGCCACAACUAUCCCGAACCACAGGAGCGACAGGGGCAUCUUGUACGCACACCCCAACCAAGAGAUGCUGCGUGCAAGAAAUUGUGGAAAGAUUUUCACGAGCAAACCCUCUUUAGCGUUCUCAGUGACCCAGCCGCACUGAUUUUAUCAUUUUCCAAGGAUGGGAUACUAUACGACUCGCACAGUUUGUGGUACUGCAUGGUCCGUCUGAUGAGGGCAUCACCAAGUCUCGUCCUUCACAGCCUCUGGCUGUCGGCUGCUAGCUUGUUUUCGUUGCCAGAGGCCAACGUACGGAAAGAAAAAGGCAAAUCACGUUGUCUUUCACCGCAUCAAGUUGAGAGCGUCAUGUCAAUAUGCCUCCACGCACUUGUCGCAUUGGUCCCGGUGGUCCCAGACUCAAGACUGCUGUACGACUUAUCCCGUAUACGUUCCCAUGGUCUCGCGCUGUCAAAUCCCAGCGCAUCCUACAGACGCCCGUCGGGCCUCUGCCUGAAAUAUGACGAUGCAUUUUCAAAUAGCCUAGCUCUGCGUUUGGCACGUCGACUUUUCCUGGCCAUCACAAUUCGCCAAAAGCACGGCAACGCGCCAUUGAGCUCAUUGUUGGAACAACUUGACUUACGAAACACUUCAUUGGAGCGGAUGCUGAAAUUCACCCAGGAAGAGCGUCUCUUGCACGAAACCAGAGUACCGACUCUGCUACUUGACUGGGCCAGGGCAGUCUUGUUGCAUGAGUGGGAUGGCAAGGCUCAGUUCUACAAGGAUGGUACAUUUCACGGGGCACUAUCCUUUAUGGACACCCUUUAUAAAAACAGAAAUGUUCUUCUACUAGGAGAGAUGCAGUUUCGAGUAGAGUACUUCUCCGAACGCCUCGAUGCCAUGCGUGUACCAGUACAAUGGACGACGACAAACUCAACAGACCACGUGGGAAACAUUCUUGAUUAUCCCUAUCUUUUCCAAUCUGAAACGCUCGUCACCUAUUUCCGAUCCAUCAACUUUGCAUGCAUGAGUCGCACGUUCGAGGAAGCCAGCUCGCUGAAACGCCGCAUGAGCGCUAUUGUUGAUCCUGGGAGUUUGAUCACAAAUCCUCAUCACAAAGUUGUUUUGAAAGACAUGCUUCGAACAGCUGCGUCCAAGUAUCUAGUUUUGGAUAUCGGCCGAACCACGGUUCUUCGCGACGCCUUUGACCAGCUUUGGAGACGUCAAAAGCGAGAGUUACUCCGCCCGCUCAAGAUUCACCUCGGCGAAGAUGCUGGCGAAGAGGGCUUUGAUUCUGGUGGUGUGCAGCAAGAAUUCUUCCGUCUUGCCGUUGCCCAGUGCCUGGAUCCCGUGUACGGGGCUUUCACGGUGGAUGAGAGGAAUCAUAUGGCAUGGUUCAAGCCUCAACCCGCCGUCGAGGACUGGAAGUUUGAGCUAAUGGGCUUGCUCCUAUCCCUCGCGGUGUACAACGGCUUGACACUACCUGUCAACUUUCCCAAGGCCUUUUACCGGAAGCUUCUCAAGCAACCGGUUGACCAACUUUACCACAUUGCCGAUGGCUGGCCGGAGCUUACAAAUGGUUUGACGAAGCUCUUGGAGUGGGAUGAAAAGGAUGGCCUCAUCGAGGACAUAUUUGCGCGAACCUACGAAUUUUCUGUGCCGGGAGUCGGUAAAGAUGUGACUAUUCACAUGCUCGAGGAUAAGCACAAGGAGCAACCAGGCUCCCCCGUCAGCGCAGACACGGAUGUGCCCGAAGCGCCGUACGUCACCAACGAAAAUCGCGACGAGUACGUCAAUGACUACAUUCGCUACCUCACCGACUACUCUGUCCGCCGGCAGUUUGACAGCUUCCGCCGCGGCUUUGUGGCCUGUCUCCCGGAACAGUCACUGACGCUCCUCACGCCGUCCAUCCUACAGUCCGUCGUGGAAGGCGUGCAGGAGAUUGACAUUUCGGAGCUGCGCCGCUACGCGCGCUACGUUGGCUGGGACACAUCGCACCACACGGUCCGCGACUUUUGGUCCAUUGUGAAGCGCUACGACGACCGGAUGAAGCGCAAGCUGCUUGAGUUUGUCACGGCCUCGGACCGCGUUCCCGUCAGCGGUCUCAAAAAUGUUCAGUUCGUCAUUCAGAAGAAUGGUGAGGAGAACGAGGGCGGCCACUUACCGACAGCGUACACCUGCUACGGCACGCUCCUGCUGCCCGAGUACCGCGAUAAGGAGGUGCUGCGGGAGCGGCUGGGCAUGGCGCUGGAGAAUGCGCAGGGCUUUGGCUUUGCAUAG